AUGUCUAUGUGGUGCCAGUGGGUUAAAUCGUAUUUACUAAAGGGCAGAAGUUUCUGGAAAGUAAAGGUUCCCUACAACUCUUCUUGGGUUUGGAGGAAGAUCCUUGCUCCUAGAGAUAAAAUUUCUCCCCUUAUUAUCCACAAAAUAGGUAGGGGCGACUCUACCUUUUUAUGGUACGAUAAUUGGCAUCCUCUUGGUCCUUUAUGGAAAAAAUUUGGGGACAGAAUCUUGUAUGACUCUAAUCUUAACAGUGAGACUAAGGUCAAUCAGAUAAUGGAUGGGGACUCUUGGAAGUGGCCUGUCCCCAACUCUUGGGAAAUAAGGGAGCUGAUCUCUUCAACCCCUACUAGCUGCAGACCUAACCCUCUACUGGAUGAUCAACCUACUUGGUCUCUUUCUGAUGGGAAAUUUACUAUUAAUGGUGUUUGGAAUCAUUGGAGGCUUAAGCUUGAUAAAGUUGUUUGGCAUAAACUAAUCUGGGGGGCUUACCAUAUCCCUAGGGCUAGUUUUGUUGUUUGGAUGGCUGUCCAGGAGAGGCUUAAUACUGGUGACAGGCUUCAACUAUUUGGCAUCUCUCCUACACCAACCUGCCCAUUUUGCCAACAUGUUACUGAAACUCAUUCUCACCUCUUUUUUGAUUGUGUCUUCUCUACUAAAAUCUGGACUGAAAUUAAAGCUAAAUGUAAUGUGCAGUGGCCUGACUUUCAGUGGCCUGGCAUUAUUCCCUUUGCUACUAGAGAGACUAAGAAAAGAUCAUUAAGAUCCAUAAUCAUCAAACUGUCAUUGUUGUGCUCUGUUUAUAUAAUCUGGCUUGAAAGGAAUAACAGAAUUUUCAACAAAGAAUUCAAGCCAGUAGAAGUGGUGGUUAAAAUAAUUGUCCAACUGAUUCGGGGUAGAUUGUUGUCUAUCACAAAUGUUCCUAGAAAUGCAGGUGACAACUGGUACAUUGACCAUUGGAAUUUGCCUGCUACUGUCCUGAAGCCCCAUGCUCUCGGCACUGGGAGGGCUGCUGAGUGA